CACGAGACAGACGCUAUUAGCCGUGCCACCUCCCUCCACUAUGCAGAGUUUUUAUCAUUACGUCAUAUAGUAGGUUGGGCGUAGGAGGUGUUCGUGUCUGGAGGAGGAUUGUGUUUAUGUUUUCAUGGUGAUCUGCGCUGUGUAGCUGAGGUUUCCUAGUACAAUGGAAGAAUUGCAGAAGUACUGAAUUGUUGAGCAGCAAAAGAAUGUUCUGAAGAGCAGAAGUGAAAGCCAUGUAUUCUUAACAGCCCAGAAGGAUGGAGUUGUGAAAGAAAAAAAAAAAAAAAGUAUUUUAGCAAAUACGAAGUCUAAUUAUAUUUGUAACUACAUUGAUGCAAUUUUACAUACAGAAAGAAAACGCUCUGGAUAUUUCAUUACAUCUCCACAGAACAGUAAUAUGGAUAAAAGAACAUGGAUGUCUGAUUUAUAAAUACUUCCAGUACCAUUAUUUGGCAUCUUUGUUCAUGACAUAAUGCUGGAUUGAAAGCACCAUCUUCACCUGAUGAUCAUUUAGUGUUAAAAAUAUGUGGAUUUUAAGUGCUGUCACAUGAAAGGUUUUAUUUAUUUUUGUGCAAUGACAUAUUUACGCUAUACCCAAGGCUGCACCGUUUCAUGGCUUUUAUGUUUCUCCGUUAGAAAAUAUUUUAACCACUGUUAAAACAUGAUACGUCAUGACCUUUCAGACUUUGAAAAUGCAGCCAGGAAACUGAAUCGGGUAUAGGAUUUCCAUUAGCAGCAAAUGAAUGGUGCCCUGAGCUUCGUGAAUCUUGUAAUGAAAACUAGUAUAAUGCAACAGUUUGUUACCAUAAAACAGGUCAGGUUACUAGGCAGAGAAACUUGUUUGAAUUUUCUUGAGUCCCACCUAUUGAUUUCAUUUCUCCAUGCACAAAUGAAAUUUCUGGACAACUUUUUAUACUUAAAGGUGGAAAGUGUUUUUUGGUCAUUAACAGCAUUCACCCUUUUUAGGGUACUGUAGUAUUAUCAGGUUGCUGCUGAAUAAACUGGUUCUUACAGAAUAAAUCUGAUUUAUUUUAGUAUUUCCUUUCAUCCAAAUGUUUCAUGAUCAGCUUGAAAAAUAAAAACACAUAUGAAAAGCUAUGAGUGGGUGCCCACCACUGGCUGAAAAGGCCCUUUCAGAGGGUUAUGCUCGGCUACGCUAUCGGAACACAUCUCUGCUUAUCUGGCAACAGCAGCAGCAGGAACUGGAAAGAUCUCCACCUGGUACAUACCUAAACCGAAGCCAGAGUGUAUGGUAUUCACAGUAUGGAAACCAAGCCAUAUUAGUAAGGGACAAAAAUAAAGUAGAUGAGGCUAGAGACACUGGGCAGUCAAAGAUAUGCACAGUGAUGUAAGUUUGGAAACUGAGUGACCCUGAGGGUCGUGCAUAGUGUUUAGAAUUGAUCCUGCAUUAAUCCUACUUUUCACUAGAUCAUCUUCUUGUCAAACAGUUCCCCUACAUUUCAGUUGUUACAAAUGUAACAUUCUCAGCUGCAGUGAAACUGGGAUGGGUCAUUGUAGUAAAACUAAUCUGAACUGUAAGAAAUGCUUUUCCUAGCAUUCUCCUCUGUUUAUGCACACUUCAUUAAAUUGCAUGCUGUUUUACAAAUUGUUUAAAGUAUGUGGCAUAAAGUAUGUAUUUUAUUUGUAUGUGUGUGUGUGUGUGUGUGUGUGUGUGUGUGUAUAUACAUAUAUAUAUAUAUAUGUGUGUAUGUAUAGUGUAUAUUUAUUUAUUGGUGUUUCAAGUGUGAAUUUUAAUACGUAGUUACUCAGGCAUUUAACAAUAGAUACAUACUGACAUGUUUUACAAACAUAGUAGAGUGCUUAUUUUAUUACCUCUUCAAUUUCUAAAUGAGGUAGUCUGCAUUCUUCUAAAAAUCGUUAGUAAAUGUAAUUGUCUCUCUACUGUUUGUCUUCUGUUUGCAUAGCAUAGUGAUAAUGUACAUCACAUCUGAGGGAUAUUAAAGUUCUGUUUGAUGUUUUA